AAGCGAGCUGCUUGCUAAAGCGAGCCGGCCCAGCAUGGAUGACCCCGCGGCGCCCGGGCCCGCCGGCUCGCCCGCCAGUGACAACGGCAACGGCAACGGCAAGGGGAAGCCGGGGGCGCCCAAGGGCCGGGAAGCGUUCCGCAGCCAGCGGCGGGAGUCGGAGGGCUCUGUGGACUGCCCCACUCUGGAGUUUGAAUAUGGAGAUGCAGACGGGCACGCAGCAGAGUUGUCAGAAUUAUAUAGCUACACAGAGAACCUGGAAUUUACCACUAACAGGCGGUGCUUUGAAGAAGAUUUCAAGAAUCAAGUGCAAGACACUAAGGAAUGGCUGGAGUUGGAAGAAGAUGCCCAAAAGACUUAUGUGAUGGGACUUCUGGACCGACUGGAGGUGGUCAGUAGGGAACAGCGGCUUAAGGUGGCCCGGGCUGUUCUCUAUCUAGCCCAAGGCACUUUUGGGGAAUGUGACUCAGAGGUGGAUGUGAUGCACUGGUCCAGAUACAACUGCUUCCUGCUCUAUCAGAUGGGGACCUUCUCAGCCUUCCUGGAGCUGCUCCACAUGGAAAUCGACAACAGCCAGGCCUCUAAUAGUGCCCUUCGGAAGCCAGCCGUCUCCAUUGCUGACAGCACUGAGCUCAGGGUGCUGCUGAGUGUCAUGUACCUAAUGGUGGAAAAUAUCCGCCUGGAGCGAGAAAUAGACCCCCGCGGGUGGAGGGCAGCCCGAGAGACCUUCCGAACCGAGCUAAGCUUUUCCACACAUAAUGAAGAGCCUUUUGCCCUCCUGCUCUUUUCCAUGGUUACCAAAUUCUGCAGUGGCCUGGCCCCUCACUUUCCAAUAAAGAAGGUUCUGCUUCUGCUCUGGAAGGUGGUUAUGUUUACCCUUGGUGGAUUUGAACAUCUGCAGGCUCUCAAAAUACAGAAGCGUGCAGAGAUGGGCCUGCCCCCACUAGCUGAGGACAGUAUCCAGGUCGUAAAGAGCAUGCGUGCUGCCUCCCCACCUUCUUACACUCUUGAUCUGGGGGAGUCUCAGCUGGCCCCUCCACCCUCCAAGCUGCGGGGCCGCCGUGGUUCUCGAAGGCAACUCCUCACCAAGCAAGACAGCCUGGACAUCUACAAUGAAAGGGAUCUCUUCAAGACUGAGGAACCAGCCACAGAGGAAGAAGAGGAGUCUGCAGCUGAUGGAGAACGAAGCUUGGAUGGAGAGUUAGACCUGCUAGAACAGGAUCCUCUGGUGCCGCCUCCACCCUCCCAGACACCUCUCUCUACUGACCGGGUAGCCUUUCCCAAGGGCCUUCCCUGGGCCCCAAAGGUCAGACAGAAGGACAUUGAACACUUCUUGGAGAUGAGCAGAAAUAAGUUCAUUGGAUUCACCCUGGGACAGGACACAGAUACCUUGGUUGGAUUACCUCGACCCAUCCAUGAAAGUGUGAAGACUCUAAAGCAGCACAAGUAUAUCUCCAUUGCAGAUAUACAGAUCAAGAAUGAAGAGGAGCUGGAGAAAUGCCCCAUGUCUUUGGGAGAAGAGGUGGUACCAGAAACGCCAUGUGAAAUCCUCUACCAGGGCAUGCUGUACAGCCUUCCACAGUACAUGAUUGCUCUGCUUAAGAUUCUACUAGCUGCAGCCCCCACCUCCAAGGCUAAGACAGACUCUAUCAAUAUCCUCGCAGAUGUCCUGCCUGAAGAGAUGCCCAUAACUGUUCUCCAGAGCAUGAAGCUGGGCAUUGACGUGAACAGGCACAAGGAGAUCAUUGUAAAAAGUAUCUCUGCCCUGCUCCUUCUGCUUCUCAAACACUUCAAACUCAACCAUAUCUACCAGUUUGAAUAUGUGUCACAACAUUUAGUAUUUGCCAACUGUAUCCCCUUGAUCCUGAAGUUCUUCAAUCAAAAUAUCCUGUCCUAUAUCACUGCCAAAAACAGCAUUUCAGUGCUGGACUACCCAUGCUGUACCAUCCAGGAUUUGCCAGAGCUUACCGCCGAGAGUCUGGAAGCUGGAGACAAUAGCCAAUUCUGCUGGAGGAACCUCUUUUCCUGCAUCAACCUCCUGAGGCUGCUCAAUAAACUGACCAAAUGGAAGCAUUCCAGGACCAUGAUGCUGGUGGUGUUUAAAUCAGCUCCAAUCUUAAAGCGAGCCCUCAAAGUCAAACAGGCCAUGCUACAACUUUAUGUCUUGAAGCUACUAAAGAUACAGACCAAGUACCUUGGGCGCCAAUGGAGGAAAAGCAAUAUGAAGACUAUGUCAGCCAUUUACCAGAAAGUGCGCCACCGCAUGAAUGAUGACUGGGCUUAUGGGAAUGACAUCGAUGCCAGGCCAUGGGACUUCCAAGCUGAAGAAUGUACCCUGAGGGCCAACAUUGAGGCUUUUAACAGCCGCCGGUAUGAUAAACCGCAGGACUCCGAAUUUUCACCUGUGGAUAACUGCUUGCAGAGUGUGCUGGGGCAGAGGUUGGAUCUGCCUGAAGAUUUCUAUUAUUCCUAUGAGCUCUGGUUGGAGAGAGAGGUGUUUUCACAGCCCAUCUGUUGGGAGGAGCUGCUCCAGAGUCACUAAGCUCUUGUCACAAAGCAUCUGACAGAUGGAGGUCGGCUCCAAUCAAUGUGCUCUGCCCGUCCUGCCCCUUUGCUAUCCAGCUCCAGAGUGUGUGUCAACGGGAGUUCCAACCCAGCAUCUAACAUAGUUCAUGGCUAUUCUGGGU